ACGACCCACAUCCCUACCAUUGCUGAGUUCCUGCCACGAAUAAAGUUCCGUCGCGCAGUUUAAAAGUAUUUUUUUCGUCCCAUUAUCAACUGUGAGCCAGUGCAGGUAAUGUGCAGGACAAGCGCGUGCAUUGGAGCUGUAACCCGAGCCCUUACCUACGUGUAGUUUGGUCCCGCAACACACCCCAAAUCCCAGCAACCGGCAUACACCGACCGGCAAAACUAUGGCCGUGGACAUUGGCGGAGGCGUGGGCGGUAGCGUCGCCAGCAGGGCCAAGGGUCUCCUUACCUGGGACAAGCAGGAGCAUCUGCUCAGGCUGGUCAUCCUCAUACUGGCGGCAGUGCUGUCCUUCGCCACGCGCUUAUUUUCGGUGCUGCGGUUCGAGAGUGUGAUCCAUGAAUUCGAUCCUUACUUCAACUACCGCACCACGCGGUUCCUGGCCGAGCAGGGCUUCUACAAGUUCCACAAUUGGUUCGAUGAGCGCGCCUGGUAUCCGCUGGGCCGCAUCAUCGGCGGCACCAUCUACCCGGGGCUGAUGCUCACAUCCGCGGCCCUGUACCGGAUCAUGUGGCUGCUGAACAUCACCAUUGACAUACGCAAUGUGUGCGUCUUCCUGGCCCCCUUCUUCUCCUCCCUGACCGUGCUGGUCACCUACGCCCUGACCAAGGAAAUUCAUAGCACUGGUGCUGGCCUAGUGGCUGCCGCUUUGAUCUCCAUUGUUCCUGGCUAUAUAUCGCGGUCGGUGGCCGGAUCCUAUGACAACGAGGGCAUCGCCAUCUUCUGCAUGCUGCUCACCUAUUAUCUGUGGAUAAAGGCGGUCAAGACGGGCACCAUCUUCUGGUCGGCCAUGUCCGCACUGGCCUACUUCUACAUGGUGUCCUCGUGGGGCGGCUAUGUGUUCCUCAUCAAUCUGAUACCGCUGCAUGUGCUGGCCCUGAUGAUCACCGGACGAUUCUCGCACAGGAUCUACAUUGCCUACAGCACGCUCUACUGCGUGGGCACCAUCCUCUCCAUGCAGAUAUCGUUUGUGGGCUUCCAGCCCAUCCAGAGUUCCGAGCAUAUGCUGGCCCUUGGCGUCUUUGGGCUGUGCCAGAUACACGCGUUCGUGGACUAUCUGCGCUCUCGCAUACCCAAGGAUCACUUUGAGCUGCUCUUCAAGACGCUGGUGUCGAGUGUGCUCACUGUGGUGCUGGUCGUGGGCACUCUGCUGACGAUUACCGGCAAAGUGUCGCCCUGGACGGGACGCUUCUACUCGCUGCUGGACCCAUCCUAUGCCAAGAAUCACAUACCCAUCAUUGCCUCGGUGUCGGAGCAUCAGCCCACGUCCUGGUCAUCAUUUUACUUUGAUCUUCAGAUUCUGGUGUUUCUCUUUCCCGCUGGCCUCUACUUUUGCUUUUCGAAGCUCACCGAUUCGAACAUUUUCAUCAUUUUGUAUGGCGUGACGAGCAUCUACUUUGCGGGUGUUAUGGUGCGCCUCAUGCUGGUGCUGGCCCCCGUGAUGUGUGUGCUGUCGGGCAUCGCCAUCUCCCAUCUGCUGGCCAAGUACAUCAGGAGCGUGGACGCUGGCGGCGCCGCCAAGCCCACGGACAGCAAGCGGCAUCACAAGAAGCUCGAACAGCAGGCGGGCGGCGUCAAGAGUGAGGUGGCCAUUGGUUUUGUGGGCAUCAUCACAAUGAUGCUGAUUGUCUACACGCUCCACUGUACGUGGGUCACCUCCGAGGCCUACUCCUCGCCCAGCAUUGUGCUCAGUGCUCGCUCCCAUGACGGUGGUCGCAUUAUCUUUGAUGACUUUCGAGAGGCCUACUACUGGCUGCAGAUGAAUACACCAGAGGACGCCCGCAUUAUGUCGUGGUGGGACUAUGGCUAUCAGAUCACCGCCAUGGCUAAUCGCACCAUUCUGGUGGACAAUAACACGUGGAAUAAUACGCAUAUAUCGCGCGUGGGCCAGGCCAUGGCCUCGUCCGAGGAGAAGGCCUACGAGAUAAUGCGCGAACUAGAUGUGGACUAUGUCCUGGUGAUCUUUGGCGGCCUCACCGGCUACUCCUCGGACGAUAUCAACAAGUUCCUGUGGAUGGUGCGCAUCGGCGGCAGCACGGACCGUGGGGCGCAUAUCAAGGAGAAGGACUACUAUGCGGCCAACGGGGAGUUUCGUGUCGACAAGGAGGGCUCACCCACCCUCCUCAAUUGCCUCAUGUACAAGAUGUGCUACUAUCGCUUCGGCCAGAUGUACACCGAAGGUGGCAAGGCCCAGGGCUAUGACAGGGUGCGUGCCGCAGAAAUUGGCAACAAGGACUUUGAGCUGGAUGUCCUCGAGGAGGCAUACACCACGGAGCAUUGGCUGGUGCGCAUCUACAAGGUCAAGGAUCUGCCCAAUCGCGGGGUCUAGGUGCGGUACGCCCCAAAAUCCCCCCGGAAGCAUUCCAAGCAUCGCUGUCUCUAUAUCUGUCCCUUUCGUGUGCGUGUGUACUUGUAUAUUAGCUCUCCAUGUGUCCCUCUCUAUCUCACGGAAACCGCAUUUGGUAAUCUCGCGCCCUGUCUGUCCUCUCGCUCUCUCCACCUUCCCCUCUCACAGCGGGCAAUUUAGUUUUAAAAUUUUAUUCAUUUUUUUUGCCUAGUAUUUGUCAAGCUGUAAAUGUCGGUUCCGCACUAGAGCCCCUACCAUAUGAGCACACACACACACAGUUGCAUAGACAUAUGCACAUAUGCGUUUCCUGCGUGUACUCAUGAAAGGGCCUCUAGUGCGUGCAGCCCUCUGAAGACGCUGCCCCUAUAUCCUACAUUGUGUAAGCGAAAAGAUCGAAAUAUAUAUUAUAUAUUGUAUACAUACUCGUAUGACAAACCUGAUCAUCAACUACGACAAACCUGCCGAUUGUCAGCGUUCAAACUUAAUAAAAAAAUUAGUGCGAGAUUAAAAA